AUAGUACAUUGGGAGAUGUGGGACUCUGCAGUGCCAGCACUCCCUCUUCCCAACACAGAGCUACUGAGCAGCCUGCACCUCUUGCCCUGCCUAGUCUCCUCUACAGCUUGUGCUGGCUGGGAUCUUGCUUUUAGGCAGAGGAGAGCUGAAAAACAAAUCAUGACCUCAGAAACUGGUUCCGAGUCAGAUUCCAAGAAGGACCAGGAAAAAGACCAACAAAAUCCGGCACAGAAGGGGGUUUCUGGAACUCAACAGGGGCAGCAAGACGGAGAAGAUCACGAAAACCUUCUGGAAAACAUUCCAGCUGCUGCUGCACACAGCACCCCACUGAAAGCUGAGAAGAACGCAGACAAAGACUGGGAUAAAGAGGCUGCAACAAAACCACUAAAGUAUCAACAACUUGAAGACGACAAAGUAUCUCAAAAAUCCGGAUCCAGCAAAGUUUCCAAGUCGCCUCUGAAAGCUGCGAAGGUGUCGAAAAACAUGCAGGCUAAAGUCAAGGUUCUUGAUGGGUCAGAGUACACCUGUGAGGUAGAGAAACGCUCCAAAGGCCAAGUCCUGUUUAACAAAGUAUGUGAGCAUCUAAACCUUCUAGAAAAAGACUACUUUGGACUAACGUACAGUGACUCUGAAAAUCAAAAGAAUUGGUUAGAUCCUUCGAAGGAGAUCAAGAAACAAACAAGAAAUGGUGCUUGGCACUUUUCCUUUAAUGUGAAGUUCUACCCACCUGAUCCCUCACAGUUAUCUGAAGACAUAACCAGGUAUUACCUCUGCUUGCAACUGCGGGAUGACAUUGUAUGUGGCCGACUGCCAUGUUCCUUUGUAACUCUUGCUCUGCUGGGUUCAUACUCUGUGCAGUCAGAACUGGGAGACUAUGACCCAGAGGAAUAUGGGAGCGAGUAUGCCAACGAGUUUCGCUUUGCACCGAACCAGACAAAAGAACUAGAAGAUAAGGUUGUUGAGCUGCACAAAAGUUACAGGGGAAUGACACCUGCUGAAGCUGAAAUGCACUUCUUAGAAAAUGCGAAAAAAUUGUCCAUGUAUGGAGUAGAUCUACAUCAUGCUAAGGAUUCCGAGGGAGUUGAAAUCAUGCUUGGAGUCUGUGCUAGUGGCUUAUUAAUAUACCGCGAUAGGCUACGAAUAAACAGAUUUGCCUGGCCAAAGGUUCUAAAAAUUUCAUAUAAAAGGAACAACUUUUACAUUAAGAUUCGCCCAGGCGAGUUUGAACAAUUUGAAAGCACUAUUGGAUUUAAACUCCCAAACCAUCGAGCUGCUAAACGUCUAUGGAAAGUUUGUGUUGAACACCAUACUUUUUUUAGACUGCUGAUGCCCGAGGCCCCUCCUAAGAAAUUCCUUACAUUAGGUUCCAAGUUCCGCUACAGUGGGAGGACUCAGGCACAGUCAAGAAGAGCCAGUGCACUAAUUGACCGACCCGCACCUUAUUUUGAACGCUCUUCUAGCAAGCGAUAUACCAUGUCUAGAAGUUUAGACGGAGCAUCAGUGAAUGAAAACCAUGACUUGUACAUGAAGGAUUCUGUGUCUGCCACAGAGGUGGGUUCCGGCCCCUACAUCACAGCUAAAGGUAUCUCUCAGACCAACUUAAUAACUACAGUAACGCCCGAAAAAAAAGCAGAAGAGGAGAGAGAUGAGGAGGAGGAAGAGAAGAAGAAGAAAGUAGAGAUCAUCACAACAGUUACUACAUUUCGACAUGACACAAAGCCAUCUUGUGUUGAUACUGACUCAUUUCAUUCCCUCACACACCCGCAUUCAAGCCCAUCAACAUCUUCAACUAGAUUGCGUAGGAGAUGUAAGGAGAAUGCUCAAAAAGCAGUAAGACCCAAGCUGAGUAAAGAUGUGAAUGAAAUGUCCAAUGAGUCCGAGUGGGGCUCAGGUCAAAAAGGGACUUUCAGUCCCGAUGAAGAAGAGAUUGCAAAAAGCUAUAAGCAGCAAACUGGCCGAGGUGGGACACUGUUUUCUUUCUCCUUGCAUCUUCCUGAUUCGAUCCCAUCUCUUCUUGAUGACGAUGGCUAUCUUUCUUUCCCUAACAUUUCCGAAACCAACUUUCUACCCGAGAAUUUACAGCAUUAUCUGCCCAUUCGGUCACCAUCUCUUGUUCCAUGCUUUCUUUUCAUCUUUUUUUUCCUACUUUCUGCUUCCUUCUCUGUGCCAUAUGCCCUCACGCUUUCUUUUCCGUUGGCAAUGUGCCUCUGCUACCUGGAGCCCAAGGCGGUCUCCUUGAGUGCUGCACUUGACAAUGACCUGAGUGACAGUUCAGAUGAUGAGACUGACAGUGAACAGACGGAUACUGCUGCUGAUGGGGAAACCACUGCCACUGAGUCGGAUCAAGAGGAAGAUACAUAUGCAAAAACCCAGAAUUGUCUCAUUAAGCGAAUAAAGGGUGAAAAUGUAUAUGUCAAACAUAGUAAUCUUAUGUUAGAGGAGUUUGACCGAAAUCAAGAAGAACUGAUGAAACACCAGACUAAUAUAAGUGAGCUGAAAAGGACUUUCUUGGAAACAUCAAAAGAUACUACAACUGGUGGCGAAUGGGAAAAACGUCUCUCUACAUCUCCGGUGCGGCUUGUCAUGAGACAUGAAGAGGCCCCUAUGAUUGAACCACUAGUGCCUGAGGAGACCAAAGAAGAGAGAGAGAAAAGAGAAAUUCAAAUGUCAUUAGAAAGGACAAGCUACUCCAUGUUAGAAUCACAGCCAGGGGACAAACUGCGAGAGGCAAGAGCCACCAGCCCUGUGGCUACUUCUCAUCAAAUCUUUAUGCAGAAAACUAUUCCGACAUCCCCAGAGGGCACAGAGGACUGGGUUAUUGUAGACCAAUUGCCUACUAAGGUAGUUGAUGGUGAAUCAAAAACCAUAGUUACUUACAAAGUGACAACUGUGAGUGGAGAAAUGCCUGCUGGAACAUUUAAAACCAGCCCAUUGGGAGGUCAGAGCUUGGAUGCACUGAAAAUGGAACUUAGGUCCAGAGAAGAAGAUAGUAAACAGAAAAUGUAUACAUUAGGAAGAUCUUACGACACAGUGUCUUGUAAAGUUGUAACAAUGGCAAGUAAAGCAAAGGAAGAGGAAAAAGAAAAAACACAACCAUCCUCUUUUGAAAUCAUUCAAAAACUGGAAAAAGAUAUAGCUGAAACUAUGAAAAUGGCUCCUAGUACAGGAGAGUAUGAGAUCCUGGAGCCGAUUAGUGAUGACAAGGGAAGAAAAGUUCCAGAAGGACCUCCUGUUAAGAGAAGAAUGUCAGAAACGUUGACACCCAUCAAAGAGUCAGCCUCCCAGCUGGCUAGUCCAGUAGAAGAGACUCUGAAGAAAGCGCGUGAUACAGAUGUGGAGAAGAAGUUGAUUGAAAGUGUGACGUUUGGGAAGGCCUAUCGGUUUCGAGAUUAUGAAGUUAUUAAAGCUGAUGCUCCAGCUUGGACAGAUAAGAAGCUGUCCGAAUGGCGAUACACAAGAGAUCAGCCAUUUACCAUUGCCACUGCUCAUUAUGCUACUGAGUCAUCUGCAUCCAAAGUGGUGACCAAACAAUCAUCUGGUGAAAAAACCUUGGAGGGUUCAGAUAUCUACAGUUUAUUAGAAUCUACAAGAAAGCCAUCUGAGUUCCUAGGGGAGGUUACAUCUACUUCACAAUCCUGGGCUCAGAGAACAGAGACUACUACAGAAUGGGAUUCCAGUCGCAAAGGACAAGAGGACAUUGAACAGAAAACGAAAGAGAAGGUUGUGCAGGGGAUAGUCGGUUUGGAGGAGAGUCAAGUGAGGAGUGUGCAUGCAAGUGGGGAUGCUUCUGAGCUUGCAGUCACAGUCAUUGCUUCUAGCUUAAAAGGUGUUGAGGGCUCUACACUCAAAAAGGAGCCUGAUGAAGAUCUGCCUGUUGAUACUUCUGCACAAGAAGAGCAGCAUGGCUCAAAGGUUCAUGUCUCAGCAUUAUUGGAUGGCAAGCCUCAAGUAGAGUCACCAGUUGUAAAAACAGAGAUCAUCACAUUCGGCAGUAUUGCAGAUGAAGAGAAGCUGGAUGUUAGUACCAAGGAUGCGCCAGUUGUCCACACAGAAACGAAAACAAUUACUUAUGAGUCUUCUGAACAGGGCUCUCGUACAGACACAGAUGCUGGUGUGUUAAUGAGUGCUCAGACCAUUACAUCAGAGACAUUUGGAACUACAACAACUACACACAUAACCAAAACUGUGAAAGGAGGAAUCUCAGAGACCAGAAUUGAAAAGCGGAUAGUGAUUACAGGUGAUGCCGACAUUGACCACGAUCAGGCGCUGGCUCAGGCAAUUAAAGAGGCCAAAGAGCAGCACCCUGACAUGUCAGUGACCAAAGUAGUGGUACAUAAAGAAACAGAGAUCACACCAGAAGAUGGGGAGGAAUGACCACAGGAAUAAAGCUGCUUGCAAACAAGCUUGACCACGUCCAACAUUACAAACAUGUGACUAUGCGAACAUGUGAUUCUACCUGUGGAAAAUUGCAGAAGGAUGUAGCUUGGCCAUUUAUAAAGACAUUGGCAGACAUAUCUUCCCAUUAAAUGCAAUGCAAUUCAGCAUAAAUAAAUCAGCAUUGCAUGGAGCAAACUAUUAAAGGCAGCAUUUUUAUUUUGUCUACGUUUCUAGUUAAAUAUAUAUAUAUAUAUAUAUAUGCACGUUCACACACCGCAAUCAUAGAAACGGUGAACACUUAAUGUAACGCAUAAACAGUCCACGCCGUCUUGGGUUGCUAGCAAAGUGAAAUGUAGGCGGCGAGCAUUUGUUUACAGAAAACGAAAAAUACCCUAAAAUGCUAGAAGCUGCGUAGUACUGUGUAUACUGUUGUACCACACCUUAUACGUGCCAAUAACAGACUUUAUUCAGUACUCAACUUGAAUAUUGUAUUUGUUUUAUCUGGUUUUAUUACAGUCCCCCGAUAAACGUAGAACCUUGUGAACCCUAUUUAAAUGCUGAUAAUGACUGCUUUGUAUAUCAAAUUUAAUAACAUGUGGGGUAGUAAUUAUUUUAGUAUUUUAACUGGAAUUUGAGUUUUUUUUGGUCAGCGUUGCUGUUGAGCUGAAAGCCAACAACUUAUUGUUGUUAGUAUGUUUUUGUGUCGUUCAUUGAAGCUCUGUCUGUAGAUGAACCGCACCUCUCACCCUUCCCACUAUGUUUCCUGCCCUGGUGGUGCAGAUCUCUCUAGACCAGUGAUCCCCAACCAGUAGCUCGUGAGCAACAUGUUGCUCCCCAACCUCUUGAUGUUGCUCUCAGUGUCCUCAAAGCAGGUGCUUAUUUUUGAAUUCCAGGCUUGGAGGCAAGUUUUGGUUCAUAAAAACCAGAUGUACUGCCAACCAGAGCCUCCCAUAGGCUGCCAGUCCACAUAGGGCUAUCAAUAGCCAAUCACAGCCCUUAUUUGGCACCACCCAGGAACAUUUUUCAUGCUUGUGUUGCUGCCCAACUCUUUUUACAUCUUAAUGUUGCUCACGGGUGAAAAAGGUUGGGGACCCCUGCUCUAUCGUUCAUUGAAGCAACAUGUGUAUCUCCUCAGUUCCAAGACAGACUUUUCUUUGGCAUUGUCCUGUGCAUUAAUAAUUUCUCAAUGGCAAAUGUUCAUAUCAGAAUCUACUCUACAUCUCUUAUCUAGCUGAGAGCCAAGCCUUAACCUGUACAGAUACUGCACCAUUUUGUAGAUCGCGUUCCCAGAUCUGCAAAGAAUUCAUUAGGUACCUCUUCCAUUACAGUGUCAGUGGCAUCACUACACAUGGUGAAUGUUUGUUGCAGCAUAGUGAAAUAAAAGUGAUCAACGCAUUAAAAAUGUAUUGUACGUGUCGGGAAAACGAAAAAAAUCCGCUUCUCUAAUUUGCACCCGCCAGGGUGUUGAAUUACGGCAUAUCACAUAAUAAAGUGAACUAUAUUGAGAAAUCAAUAGCAAUUCUUUUGCAUCUAAUAAAAUGAAAAUGAAGGA